UUUGUCUUCUCUCUUUCAGGUCUGACCCCUGUUGUGUCUGUCUCUCCUCCUCCCUCAGUAGUAGCCCAACCGGGAGAUAAUGUCACUUUUCAGUGCACGGAUGUCACUGGAGCUCCAGGACACGUUGGCUGGUUCAAGCAAGUCAACGGCUCAGAGCCCCUAUGCAUCGCGUCUAUGUACAGCUCUGAGCCGUAUGUCACGCAUCACAAUGGUUUUCAGCCCAGCCAUAUGGAAAUGUUCAUCAGACAUAAAAUAAUCUUCCUCAAAAUCACAGAGGUGGAUGUAGCUGAUUCUGGUCUGUACUUCUGUGGAAUGUUUGAUAAAUUCAUCAUCUUCACCAAUGCGACUGUCCUGAAGGUCCAAGGAAUGUACCUCAUUCCAUUGGUUGUGAUCCUGGGUGUUGUAACCGCGGCACUACCUAUWGUCUUCCUCAUCCUGGUCCUCAAGAUCAGACGAGACACAAAAAGACACGACACAGGUAGAAGCCCAUUUCAUGAUAAUAUGGGGCCUGUGACUUUCAUAUCCUAUUCAGGACCUGAUUCUCAACAAAAAACACAAAAUGAUCAGAUACAAGAUCCAGAUACAUUGAAUUAUGCCGCCCUGAAUUUCACCUCCAAGAAKAGGAARAUGGAGAGGAGGAGAGAGAAGGAGCUGGACCCCCAUGUAGUGUAUGCUGCUACAAGAUGAUAAAGUGGAGGAGGAUGGAGGAGGAGGACAAUUGGUUGGCCAUAUCUUUGAAUAUAAGUUAAAAUCUUGCUAUAUUGUAUCUGUGU